GGCUGCCAUAUACAUUGAGUGGCGCGCACCGCGCGUAAGCUUCGUGGUGAUUUUGGCGCGCCCAAAUAAUGCAACGAACCACACCUCUCCAGCGGUCAUCUCUCUGACCAACGAUUCGCACAUGAAGGCAAUUUGAGUUGGACCGUCACUCCAAGCUAAACUGCAAACCAAUAAAAGAUUUUAAAAAUCCCGCUUCACUUGACCUUGAUCAAUCAAUCGCUUCCGAUCAAUCACCGUACAAGCUCGAUCUUCAAGCAUCAACAACCCUCGUUAGCAUCUAGAAGCCAUCCCCGCAUCGCGACAAAUAAGGCAACAGAGUAGGGCUACAAUUAUUUUUCAUGAUGGCGAGCGCCCCAGCUGCUGCCGCGACCGCAGGAGCAGGACAGGCCGCUAGCGGCGCAGCGGCGCGGGUCGAAGACAAUGCGCCCAAGCUGUUGUGGAACACGGAAAACGUCAAGGACGUGGCCGAGUCGGUCGGGAUUCCCAACAUCAACGACGACGCGGUCCGGUGCCUGGCGCAGGAUGUGGAAUACCGCAUAGGACAGGUGCUUGUCGAGGCCCUGCGCUUCAUGCGGGCGGCCAACAGGACGACCCUGACGGUGCAGGACACGUCGCAGGCCUUCAAGGUCCUCGACGUGGAGCCGCUGUACGGGUACGACUCGACGAGGCCGCUGCGCUACGGCGAGGCGAGCUUGGGUCCGGGACAGCCUCUCUUCUACAUUGACGACGAGGAGGUCGACUUUGAGAAGCUGAUCAAUGCGCCUUUGCCCAAAGUGCCGAGGGAUAUGAGCUUUACUGCUCACUGGCUUGCCGUAGAGGGCGUCCAACCAUCAAUUCCACAGAACCCAACAACAGCAGAGUCGAGGGCACAAGAGCUGAUACCCAAGGGCCCCGGUGCCAACCCCGCCCUCAAUGCUCUUGCGGGCAACGACAACCUUGCUUUCCACCCCGCUGUUAAGCAAAUCAUUAGCAAGGAGCUGGUUCUCUACUUUGACAAGAUCCAAGCUGCAGUCCUGGAUGACACCCCAGACGAAGAAGUCGUGCGUCUGCGCAAUGCGGCUCUCGCUUCGGUCAGGAACGACCCAGGUCUGCAUCAGCUGGUUCCAUAUUUUGCCAACUUCAUCGCCAACCAGGUUACACAUCGCCUGGAUGACACCUUUACCGUACGGCAGAUGAUGGAGCUGACGGCGGCGCUGGUUGACAACUCGAACCUGUUCCUGGAUCCUUAUGCCGGUCCGCUGUCAGCACCGGUACUGACGGCACUCAUGAGCCGCAAGAUCGGCGCUAGCACAAGCACGAGCAAGCAGGAGGAGGGCAGUGGCAGCGGAAACAGCAGCAGUGUCAACCGAGAGGCGCUGCGCGAACAGUUUCUGCUUCGCGAGUUCGCCGCUAGCUUGCUCGGCAAGAUAGCAAUAAAGUACACGCGCGCUAACCGCCACCUCCGGUCCAAGCUGACUCGCACGUGCCUCAAGUACCUGCUGGACCCAACGAAGCCGGCACCGGUCCUGUUCGGUGCCCUGAACGGUCUCGCGGCUGCGGGAGGGCCGGAGGCCUUCCGGAUCCUCGUCCUGCCCAACCUGCGCGAAUUCGAUACGGGCAUGCUGCAGCCUCUACAGGAAAAGGCAGCCAACGCGGCAGGGGCGGCGGGCACCGUGGCGCAGAUCGAGUUCGAGGCGUUGGUGGGCGCCAUCGUCAAGGCAAUCAUGUCACUGGUCGAGCACGACCCGGCCGUGCCGAAUGGCGUCAAUGGGGGUACGUCGGAGAGCGAGAGCGCGGAGCUGGUCGAGUUCCUGGGCCCGAUCGUCGGUAGGAGGAUUGCAGACAAGGGAGACCACAAGCUGGUGAGGGUUGUGCUUGCGGCGAGGAAUAUCGAAUAGCCUCGAGGCAACACUUGCAGCUUUUACAGUAUUGAUGAUUGUUGGCCUACGUGGCAUGGUUUUUGCGCAUGGGCCUGGGUAUCAUUCUAGAGGGACUACUCUAUAUUUGGGCGCGCAUUUUUUCUUUCUUAGGAGCAACGGAGUUGGGGCAAGGGAAACGGAAUAUUUCUUUUUGAUUGCAUCCUUUAAUACCAAAAUCACUCUGCACAUUGUGGUAAACGCUUAGAGAAGAUAUAACUGCACAUAUGGCAAUGAAUAUCUUCAGGGCUGCCAACUUGGUCUACACCAUCGUGUGAUGUUUGGACCACAACCACGUGCAAUUAGAAACGCCGUACAUAUUUAUUGAAACUGAGUUACACAAGACCCAAUGAGCCUAACCACCCAGGGUCUUUUUCAUCCAACACGCCGCCGC